UUUGGCUCAAGUGAUUUUCGGCUCAAAAUUUGGUUGGAAACCAAUUUCGCUGGCAUGGGGAUGGUCAUGGGAACGAUUCGGGAAGAGACGCCUCAAUUCAAGAACCAUGGGGCAGUGGCUGGCCUGCAGUGCCGUGAGUAUGCUCCAUAUUGGGUGGCAAAGAUAUCCUCCGAUGCCUACCCGGAGCUCAAAACAGAAAAUGAGUUCAUGAAUACAGCAUUCCGAAGUUUGGCCAAGUACAUUGGAGUCUUUUCAACUCCCCAAAAUGAAUCGAGAAAGCAAGGAAGUCAAGAAACCAUUGCUAUGACAGCCCCAGUGGUGAUGACUUCCAGCGAAAAGAUUGCAAUGACUGCACCAGUGGUCAUGGAGGAGUCCAAAACGAUGAGUUUCAUCUUGCCCUCGAAGUACAUCGAAGCAUCUGAAGAGCCACCAAAGCCACUGGAUGCUCGAGUCAGGCUUGAAAAGAUCCCAGGGCGGGUCGCUUUGGUGAGCACUUUCUCGGGGUUUUCAAGCCCUGAAAAGGCAAGGCCUCACAUGAAGGAAUGUGUUGCCAGGAUUCGAGAAGCGUCAGCCGUGGAAUUUGUCAUCGAUGAGAUGACCAAAGAACCCAAAUGGGAAUUUUUCGGGUACAACCCCCCCUUCACUUUGCCAUGGUGUCGAACCAAUGAGGUGGCUAUAUAUUUGAAGGAAAUUCCGCCAGCAUUGAUCCUGGCCAAUUGACAAGACUAAUCCUGACUCAUUGAAACUUUGUACAGGCCGGAGUAGGAGAA